UCGUCGUCGUCACUUCACUGCCAUGCCAUCAGAUGUGACAAAAAAAGGGAUUCCAUCGGUUGUGACGAAAAUGUUUAAAAAUUGAAAAAAAAAAACUGAUUCUCAUCGGUUUUGCUGAAUUAGAAAGUUCGGUCAAUGUUUCUCACUGGAAACCGCGCUUGAUUCGACCGAUUGCAUCUUUCUAAGCGCCAUCUUUCUCGAUUGGCCUCCUCUCCAAAAUUCGUGAGAAAAGACUUCAGAUUUAAGUUAUAUAAGUUCUGGGUUUUGAUCAUUCGUCCGAUUCAGGUAGAUUUGGGCUUAUCACAGACAAUCUCAGCUAGUUCUCCAACAGAUGCAGGAGGAGAGAUUCUCGGGUUUUCCCGGAACAUAUGAAGAGUGGCUAAGUUUCCCGAGAAAACAAACUGAAAUUUCCGUAAGAAAAGAAACAGAAAAGCCUUACAGAAUGCCUCUAAUUCGGAGGAGAAAGACAUCGACCUCCAGGGAAGAGACCGAAUCGAAGGAUGUCGUGGUCGUGGAGGAUGUUUCCCAGAAAAAGCCACGCGAACAUUCGAAACCCCAGAAACGAUCAGAUUCAGGGAGAGACAAGGUGAAGUGGUCAUGUGUCGAUUCGUGUUGUUGGUUCAUCGGACGUGUCUGUGUAACAUGGUGGUUCCUCCUGUUCCUAUACAACGCAAUGCCUGCGAGCUUUCCUCAGUAUGUAACAGAGGCAAUCACUGGUCCAUUGCCUGACCAACCUGGUGUGAAGCUUAGGAAAGAAGGUUUAAUGGCGAAACACCCAGUUGUGUUUGUCCCCGGCAUUGUCACUGGAGGACUUGAGCUUUGGGAAGGCAAACAAUGUGCAGAUGGGUUGUUUAGGAAACGUUUGUGGGGUGGAACUUUUGGUGAGCUUUACAAAAGGCCUCUGUGCUGGGUGGAACAUAUGUCUUUGGACAACGAAACCGGCUUAGAUCCUUCUGGUAUUAGAGUCAGGCCCGUCUCAGGGCUCGUGGCUGCCGAUUACUUUGCUCCGGGCUACUUUGUCUGGGCAGUGCUGAUCGCUAACUUGGCACAUAUUGGAUACGAAGAGAAGAACUUGUACAUGGCUGCAUAUGACUGGAGACUUUCGUUUCAAAACACCGAGGUGCGUGACCAAACCCUCAGCCGUAUCAAAAGUAAUAUAGAGUCGUUGGUUGCUACUAACGGUGGGCGAAAGGUGGUUAUAGUUCCACAUUCCAUGGGGGCGUUGUAUUUUCUGCAUUUCAUGAAAUGGGUCGAAGCUCCAGUCCCUAUGGGCGGUGGGGGCGGGCUGGAUUGGUGUGCAAAGCAUAUAAAAGCCGUGAUGAACAUCGGUGGACCGUUUCUUGGUGUUCCAAAAGCUGUAACGGGUCUUUUCUCGGCUGAAGCAAAGGAUAUUGCAUUUGCCAGGGCCCUUGCACCGGGUUUCUUAGAUAGCGAUAUAUUUCGGUUUCAGACGUUACAGCAUUUGAUGAGAAUGACAAGAACAUGGGACUCAACUAUGUCAAUGAUACCAAAGGGAGGCGAAACCAUAUGGGGCGGUAUUGAUUGGGCACCGGAAAACUGUUAUAGUUUCCAUGGGAAAAAGCCGAAGCGCAAUGAGACUCGUGCCUCGGAUGGUAACGUCCGCAAGGGUUAUGUUUCCAAGACGAAACACGAUAAUCUCGGAAGGAUUAUAUCGUUCGGAAAAGUAGUGACCGAGGCGCCAUUAUCCAAGAUUCAGAGGCUGGAUUUCAGAGGUGCGGUGAAAGGACAGAGCAUUCCGAACAUUACAUGUCGAGAUUUGUGGACCGAGUAUCAUGAAAUGGGAAUUGGAGGGAUCAAAGCCGUUGCCGAGCACAAGCUCUAUACUGCUGAUACGCUUAUUGAUUUACUUAAUUUCGUUGCCCCGAAAACGCUGGCUCGUGGUACAGCUCACUUCUCUUACGGCAUCGCUGAUGAUUUGGAUGACCCGAAAUACAGACAUUACAAGUACUGGUCGAACCCGUUGGAGACAAAAUUACCCGAUGCCCCCGAGAUGGAGAUCUUCUCCUUGUACGGGGUCGGGAUACCGACGGAAAGAGCAUACGUCUACAAGGUUAACCAGUCUCCCGACAACUGCAUCCCUUUCCAGAUCGAUACGUCUGCGCACGAAGACGAGGGAGAAAGCUGUCUGAAAGCGGGAGUUUACAACGUCGACGGGGACGAAACAGUUCCCGCCCUAAGCUCGGGUUUCAUGUCAGCAAAGGCGUGGCGGGGCAAGACGAGGUUUAACCCUUCCGGGAUGAAGAAUUUCGUGCGGGAGUACAGCCACUCUCCGCCGGCUAAUCUCCUCGAGGGCCGGGGAACUCAGAGCGGGGCCCACGUAGAUAUAAUGGGGAACUUUGCUCUGAUCGAAGAUAUCAUGAGGGUGGCGGCUGGAGCCAGCGGUUUGGACAUCGGAGACGACCAGGUCCACUCUGAUAUCUUCCAGUGGUCGGAACGUAUCCAUCUUAAGCUGUGAAUAACGAUUGAUGGGUUCAUUACAGAGAGAAUUAAGAUUAUGGUGAUGGUUUUUUGGGGCGUUUCAUAUAUUAUAUGAUUCUUGAUGUAAUUUAUAUAAACUUUAAAUUUGGCGAUAAUUUCAAGCGAGCUUCAAAGCUUUUAGUGCA